AUGGAGCAGGACGAGGAACAAGUGCCCGACAUACGGGAGCAGAUGUUUCACAACACUGUCCGCGAGCAUAUCAUAUUUAUGUUGUUAUUUCUGUUGCUUUACCUUGGAAGCUAUGCGUUGAUCAUCCGGUUCCGAAGACGUGAUCGUGAGGAUUUGUUUGCGCCAGAUGAGGACGAAAUCACCGUCUAUCGAAUCAGCUUAUGGUUAUGCACAUUUUCACUAGCAGUAGCCGUGGGUGCCGCCCUGCUGCUCCCCAUUUCGAUCGCCAGCAAUGAGGUGCUGAUCCUCUAUCCCAACAGCUACUACGUUAAAUGGCUGAACAGCUCGCUCAUUCAAGGGCUCUGGAACUACGUGUUUCUGUUCUCGAACCUGGCGCUGUUUGUGCUGCUGCCCUUCUCCUAUUUGUUCACCGAAUCGUCCGGUUUUAGCGGCCACAAGAAAGGCAUCAUGGCGCGAGUGUAUGAAACGUUCACCGUCUUCUCGCUGCUCGCGUUCAUCGUGUUUGCGACGACGUACGUCAUUUCCGCACUUCGCGAUCCGGACCGGAACACCUUUCAGGCGCUCUUCAAUCUAGCCAAAUAUCAUCUGCCAUUCUUGUACUCGUGUGUGUCCUUUUUAGGUGUACUUUUACUAUUAGUUUGCACCCCCAUGGGUUUUGUAAGACUGUUCGGUGUGGUCGGCCAGGUUCUGGUCAAGCCAAACCUUUUACGUGAUGUCAACGAGGAAUUCCACACCUUCAACAUCGAGGAAGCGACGGUCAAGCGCAAGCUGGCGAACGCCAAUAUCAACAUGGAGCUACGGAGCGUCACGACAAUAGACCUUACACCAGCCAAACUCUGCUCCGGGUUGGAUGAUUUGUAUCAAAUCAAACCUACCAUCAACGGUAGCACGCACGAGUCGGCCAAGCUGUUCGAAAGACUGAGAGAGCUAGAGUCUGAACGUAGAGUGCUAGAUAAGCAACGCAGCUCUUCGGCCCUACAGAGGAAUCUGGUUUAUCCGAUAGCGAUGCUGCUAUUGCUGAUUCUCACCGGCAUCACCGUACUACUGGUCGUGCAGAACACGCUUGAGUUGCUUAUUGGCAUCAAGGCGGUACCGCUGAGUACACGGCAAUUUACGCUGGGAAUCACGUCCCUAUCGAAGUUAGGCCCACUGGGGGCCACACUGGAAGUAUGCAUCAUCACCUAUCUAGGCGUUACGUCCACCGUGGGCCUCUAUACGAUGCCUUUCAUGCGCAACGUUCGUCCGCAGCGGCGGAACACAUCACUGGCACAGUUAAUAGCGAACUGUGGCCUGGUGCUAAUCCUAAGUUCGGCAUUACCCCUGCUAGCCCGCAUACUAGGUAUUACAAACUUUGAUCUGCUCGGGGACUUUGGCCAGAUCGAGUGGCUCGGCAACCUGUUGAUCGUGCUGCUUUAUAACGUGGUGUUUGGAACAGCGGCCACGCUGUGCCUGUUCAACAAGUUCACCGCUACUGUACGACGAGAGCUGUGCGCUCGUUUGAAAGCGCUGUUCAACUACAGCAGCCACCUGGAACUCAGCAUUUCCCAGAACGCAAGCCAGCUCAAUCAUCUGCAUCCCGGUGCGUUUACCCAGCCGCACCACACGACUCACUGUCCACCUGGGAAUGCUGCCCAAAGCGAAAUAAGCGAAGCAAACCAGCAGCAGCAUACGGUUGUAGUUGAGGAAAACGGAAGCAUUACUCUGAAUCAUCGCCAUCCUCCCAAUGGGAAUAAUCAAACCAACGAAAGCCAUAUCGACCUGACCAAAGAAGAGCCUCCUCUACAGCUAGCCAGCGGAAUGGAUAACUUGGAUCCUAAAAAGACACGCUGAACCAGAUAAAAACUACCCAAAAGACAUGACAUGCCGCAGGUGCUAGUGCAGAAAAUUGCGAUAGUUUUUGGUGUGCAUACGCGCGCAUCCUCUCAGUAAGAUAUAGGCGAUAAUUAUUAUAUUUUACUUUUCCGUCUACGUUUUUUUGCCACUGAUGCCAAAGCACAAAUCCGCUGUCUUAAUACUUCCAUCGAGUGUUCGUUUUUACACAGCGUUUUCAGUGAUACCGAAAUACGAGAACUCCUCAGUCCUGUGAGGAAAAACCUUCGACGCACACCGAUGUGUUUGAGAGUGGCGCACAAUUAUAUGUAAUCAUCUAUCUCCUCGAA